AUGAAACAAUUCUAUGAUUUCGAAGCCUUGGGAAUUCAAGCCCCAGACUGUGACUGUCCACGAUCAACUAUGUCACGAGACAACAAACGAGCACUAGAUCUACUGGAAGCAUCCUGCGUGAAAAAAGGAGAUCGCUACACCAUAGGAUUACCGUGGAAGAAAAACCCUGCUGAUCUACCAGACAACUAUCCUUUGGCAAAGAAAAGACUUGAAUCUUUAGAGAAGUCGCUGCUGAAAAACCCAGUGAAGGCCAAAAUGUAUUCAGAUGCCAUAUCGGAUUAUGAGAAAAAUGGCUGGUUUUGUCCUGUAACUGAGGACGAGUCUAACAUCAAACCGGUGAACUAUUUACCACAUCAUGGCGUGUAUAGACCAGACAAGGCAAGCACACCCCUGGGAGUAGUGUUCGACCCUGCAAGUACGUACAAGGAGACAUCGUUAAACUCAUUUCUGUACAAGGGACCUUGUCUGAUAGGAAACCUCCUAGGAGUUUUGCUUCGAUUCAGAGAGGACGCAGUGGGAUUCGCAGGUGACAUUUCUAAGAUGUACUUGCAAGUUUGUCUUCCAGAGGAAGAAACCCAUCUCCACAGAUAUUUAUGGAGGGAUCUUGACAUCGCACGAGAGCCUACAGUUUACAGACUGUUACGUGUCACUUUUGGCGCGAAACCGUCACCAGAUAUGGCCAGCUACGUUCUUCUUCGAAUUGCUGAGGAGCACCGAGGUCAUCAACCAGAUGUUGCAACAACCCUGCAGAGAGACCGCUACAUGGAUGAUAUUAUCCAUUCUUGCCAAGACACAGACACUGCUGUAGAACGCAUCCAAAAUCUGGAAGGUGCAUUGGACACAGGAAGUUUCAAGAUCAAAGAGUGGUUUGUUUCGCCAACAUCAGUCAAGAACAGACUAGAGAGGAGCAGACCUGAAAGACCGCCAGACAACGUGAAACCGAAUGAGCCAGACACACCAACUCCUAAUCAUCCGUCUGAGUCUGGAAAAGAGAUAAACCUGAACGACCAGGAUGUAAAGACGUUGGGAGUUGUUUGGAAUCCAGAAACUGACGUUCUGAAGUUUGCUGUAAAAUCGUUACACCCGAAGAAGUUCACCAAGAGAAACAUUCUUUCUAAGAUGUCCACUCUUUAUGAUUCUUCAGGAGUAGCUUCAUGUGUCACAAUCAAAGCUAGAGUCGCCAUGCAAGACAUUUGGAGGAACAAAACGUAUGGCUGGGAUGAUGAACUACCUUGUGAAAUGGUUGAGCUAUGGGAAAAACUGUUCAGUGACAUUGAGGACCUUAACGACCUUAACGCAAUGGACUUUCCAAGAUGCCUUAAACCAGAAGAUGCUCAUGGCGCGUCAGAGAUGCAUGUGUUUUUUUGGACGCAAGUAAAAACGCAUAUGGAGCGACCGCUUAUUUGA